AACUCAUCUGAGUAUUGGAAGUCCUUCGACACACAUAUUGCACGGCACAAAUCCACGGAGAAAAAGUUAAGAGAGCCAAAGCUGUCAACCAAGUCCAUCAUAAAAGUAUACUUUGUAUUCGCUGAUAAUAUCAGUCACCCAUGCUGAAUGGUGAGUGGGGAGCCAACUCCAACAAACAACCGUCAAGUAGUAGCCUCGCCCAAAAGUUCCGUCUAUUCGCUCAAGUAGCCCAAGGUUGUAACAAUCAGGUAGGCAAGCUCAGCCCAAAGAAGAAUCGAAGUUCAAACGGUUGUGGUAUCUAAAGCGCACUUAUUCCCCUUUCCCGAAGCACUUUAUGCGUUCUCAGGCUUGGGGACAUUGGGCGCAUCCUCAGCAACCUCCGCUGACGGGUGCUUCUUGCCCUUCUUCUUGGACUCCUUGUCCUUCUUGAUGGCUGCCUCGGCAACGAGCUGCUCAAAGACGAGGUAAUCCCCUUCCUCCUCGGGGGAUCUCGC